GCCUGUAUAUAAACUGUGCUGAAUUCAGACCUUAAGCACAACUACUGAUCACCACUUGUUUAACAGUCGACGACUGAAGACCUGAAGUUUUCUGUGUCAAAAGACAACUUUCAACAUGGAUAUAUUCAUCACAAUGCUGAGUGAGACCCACACCCUGACGGUGCAGCCAGAGGACACAGUUGGCUACCUGAAAACAGUCAUCCAACAGAAACUCGGAGUUCCCCCUUAUAAGCAGAGGCUGGUGUUUGUCAACGGCCAGAGGACCGACCUCAGCGAGGACGCACAGACAGUCAGACACUACGGUCUGCGGUCUGGCUCCAGGGUGAUGCUGCUGGUGACCGAGCCGGCCACCAUCCAGGUGUUCCUGAGGAACGAUAAAGGGAAGAUGAGCACCUAUGAUAUCAAACCUGACUUGACCGUUGACGAAUUCAAGCGCAAGGUCGAGUGCAGAGAGUCGGUGCCGGUGAGCCAGCAGAGGCUCGUUUUCCAAGGCCGGGAGAUGUCCGGCGGUAAACUGUCCGACUACAAAGUCCAAGCUCUGAGCACCAUCGACCUGUGUCUCCGUCUGAGAGGAGGCUGAGGACACUUUGACACAGUUAAUACUUUAGACUGAGGACACUUUCAUUCAUGGAAAAGAUACCAUAAAGUUAAUAUACAUUCUUUAUUGUAAUUGUGUGAAAACAAAGCAACAUGCUUGUUUAUUUAUUUAUUUUUAUUAUUUUGAAAAAAGAUAAUGUUAACUCAGGACCAAUGUCGUAUAAUUCUUUUAAUUUUAUUCAAAACGUUUUAUUUUUUUUACUAUGUAAUUCUGUAUUCUGGUAAUACAGUUAUGAUUGUUAAAGAGUUUUAAAUUGACAAAUACAACAUGGUGUAAAUGUGUUAACUGGACACUUUAAAAUCACAAUAAAGUCCCAAAUGUGAAUUUA